ACUUCCGGUGAGGGUCGUCCACUCGUGGCCGGUGGGUCUAUGGGUGGAGACCUGCGUGAUCCUGAGGCUGUGGAGGCUGGGGCGAGGACAGGAGGGGCCUGGAGCUGAGGACCGAGGUGCAGAGGCGGGGUUGGCCUCGGGGAGCAGAGGGGGACCUGGAAGACGGAGGGAGGGGCGUAUGCAGGGAGCCCAGCAGCUUCCGCCUGCGAGUCCCGCUGCAGGAUGAGGAAAGUUAGUUCGCGCUACCCGGACUCCUGUUUGUCUUGACUCUCUGGCUGUGUGACCUGAAGCGAAGUUUCCAGCACCUGAGCUGUCCAUUUCUGAAAAACAGGGACAGUCAAUCACCCUUGUCAGUCGUCCUCGUGCCCGGCAGGGUAAGGUGAGGCAGAGCCUCCCAGUUGCCAUGCGCGCUGCGGCUCUCGGGUUUGCGGAUUGCGUUCCCAGGUCUGACGGGAAGCUGGCUAGGACUUUACUUUGAGCUUCUCGGGGAUGGAUGAGUGUGAGGACCGAAAUUCUAAGAAUCGGAUAGUCUAUCUGCAGCUUGGGGAGUUUUAACUUCUUCCCUGUCGGAUUCUCCAUGUGUUGAGUAAGCAUAUACAUCACUAUAAAAACCAUGGACGAAGAACCUGAGAGAACUAAGCGGUGGGAAGGAGGCUAUGAGAGAACCUGGGAAAUUCUUAAAGAAGAUGAAACUGGCUCACUUAAAGCUACAAUAGAAGACAUUCUCUUCAAGGCAAAGAGGAAGAGAGUGUUUGAGCACCAUGGACAAGUUCGACUUGGAAUGAUGCGUCACCUGUAUGUGGUGGUGGAUGGGUCGAGAACAAUGGAAGAUCAGGAUUUGAAGCCCAAUAGACUGACAUGUACUUUAAAGUUGUUGGAAUACUUUGUAGAAGAAUAUUUUGAUCAAAACCCUAUCAGUCAGAUUGGAAUAAUUGUAACUAAGAGUAAAAGAGCUGAAAAACUGACGGAACUCUCAGGAAACCCAAGGAAACACAUAACAUCUUUGAAGAAAGCUGUAGAUAUGACCUGCCAUGGAGAACCAUCGCUUUAUAAUUCUUUAAGCAUGGCUAUGCAAACCCUAAAACACAUGCCUGGACAUACAAGUAGAGAAGUGCUAAUCGUCUUCAGCAGCCUUACAACUUGUGAUCCAUCUAAUAUUUACGAUCUCAUCAAGACCCUGAAGACAGCUAAAAUUAGAGUGUCUGUUAUUGGAUUAUCUGCGGAGGUUCGAGUUUGUACUGUGCUUGCUCGUGAAACCGGUGGAACAUACCAUGUUAUCUUAGAUGAAAGCCAUUACAAGGAGCUGUUAGCACACCAUGUGAGCCCUCCUCCUGCCAGCUCAAGCUCCGAGUGCUCACUCAUUCGCAUGGGAUUCCCUCAGCAUACCAUUGCUUCUUUGUCUGAUCAGGAUGCAAAACCAUCUUUCAGCAUGGCGCAUUUGGAUAAUAAUAGCACUGAGCCGGGGCUUACAUUGGGAGGCUAUUUCUGCCCACAGUGUCGAGCAAAGUACUGUGAGCUUCCUGUUGAAUGUAAAAUAUGUGGUCUUACUUUGGUGUCUGCACCUCAUUUGGCAAGAUCUUACCAUCAUUUAUUUCCUUUGGAUGCUUUUCAAGAAAUUCCCCUAGAAGAAUAUAAAGGAGAAAGGUUUUGUUAUGGAUGUCAGGGAGAAUUGAAAGACCAACAUGUCUAUGUUUGCACAGUGUGCCAAAAUGUUUUCUGUGUGGACUGCGAUGUCUUUGUUCAUGACUCUCUCCACUGUUGUCCUGGCUGUAUUCAUAAGAUCCCAACUCCUUCAGGUAUUUGAUUCCAACAUGAAGAACAAAUAUAUUGAAUGGGUUUAAAAACAAAACAAAACUUGUAACUGUAAAUAAAAUGAUUCUUUGAAUAAACUGAUUCUCUAAUUAAAACAUGAAAACACUUUGAAAGAAGAUCUGAUUUAAGGAACUUAACUAUGAAAAUACAGUAUUUUAAUUUGGAUUCUAUCACUGAUAUGCAUUAAGAUUUAAUUUUGUUUUCUAUUAUUUUGAGUCAUUUUUAUUCUAACUCAUUAGUAUAUAUAUAAAUUACUUAUAAUGAUUAAACUGAUGUCAUAAUCUCAGUUUUUUCAUUUUAGAUUUUUAUUUACAUGCCUGUGUGUCUACAUGAGUUUAUGUUUACCCUAAGUGUAGGUACCCACAGGGGUCAGAAGAGGACAUCAGAUUUUCUGGGAGUGGAGUUUAAACACAGUUGUGAGUGCCGGGGACUGAACCC